GAAGUGUUUUAUCUACACUACAUUUUUGGCAUGGAAGCAGUUAUGCAGAAACAGAUUUUUAGCCAUGGGAUUAGACUUUUCGCAACCAAGAAACCAUUAAGGAGCUAUACAGAUAUACCAUUAACUGUCCACCAGAAGUCAAGCGUUGCAGCUCAACGUAUAAGUUAUUCAUAUUACCCCAACUUUCCCAUUUUGGAAAGGCAACACAAAAAUUCAACAAAGUUGUAUGCAGGAAGAAGAAGGAGAUCAAACAUGGAGACAGACACAUAUGUACUAAUGGAACCAGGGAAAGCGGAAGAAUUUGUAAAUGAGGAAGAACUCAGACUCAGAUUGAAAGGUUGGCUAGAAAACUGGCCAGCCACAUCACUGCCUCCUGACCUUGCACGAUUCGAAUCCAUUGAUGAUGCUGUUUCAUUCCUUGUAAAGUCUGUUUGUGAACUUGAAAUUGAUGGAGAUGUUGGCUCAGUUCAAUGGUAUGAAGUUAGUUUGGAAUAAAAUCAUUCAACCAACAAACAUUUACUAAUGAAAUUUCCUAUUUGGCGAAAA